CAAACAGUUUAAUGCUUGUCACUAACAAAGCACUUGAGCUCAAAAGCAAGAAAACAUUAACAAUGGCUAAACGUUUCAGGCUCAAAUUCUCUCGAGUGAUCUCCUUUCAAUCUUGCCGUUCCAAAGACCCUUCUACUCUCCCAUCAAAUCCUGUCCCUUCAUUUCUUAGACUCUCUCCAGUCAACCACAACUCCAUCAUCAUCAACAACCUCCAUCUCCCACCCUCACAACCACCUCCUUCCAAACCUCUCCAUCACUCUUCCAUCAGGCGACAUGUGUCCUCGGCAUUCACAUCAAUGGGCUGUGGGUUUAGAACAAAACCCUCCACACAUUACCUCUCUGAAACCGACCACACCAAAUCCUCUCCACCAACUGAAAAUUUCCACUGGGAAGAAGAAGAAAAAUAUCACGUUGUGGCCAAACUCUUUGACGACGAUUCAACACCCCGCCGCAAGAUUUACAACUCUUCAGCCUCUGAGGACUCCAAAAACCACGACGUUUUUCUCCCUCCAACUAAAAUCGAGAAGAAAAAACGACGAGUCAAAAAGAAGAAAACGGCAUCAAGAAUCCGCAUCAGCACUUCCUCAGCCGAUAGCGGGAUAUUUUUUAGCGGCGACGAGCAUGUCAUAAACGACGAAGAAACAGAAACUCUAGUCUCUUCUUCGAGGAGCUUCUCCACUGAUUCUUCCUCGGAAUUCAAUCCCCACUUAGAAACAAUACGUGAAUCUCCAUUUUCACGUAAAAAGAGAGCUAAGAAGGCUAAAGGGCGUUGUGUUUUAAAGAACGGAGCGAAAGGAACAACGAGAAGAGGACGAAAGGAAAGAAAUAGCCGCGAUGGUUCUUUGUCGCCUGCAAGAUUGUCGAGGUUUCAGUGGCUGAUACCGUGCACGGUGGAGGGGAAGGUAAGAGAGAGCUUUGCGGUGGUGAAGAGAUCAGAGGACCCAUAUGAGGAUUUUAAGAGAUCAAUGAUGGAAAUGAUAUUAGAAAAGGAAAUGUUUGAAGAGAAAGAUUUAGAGCAGUUGUUGCAUUGUUUCUUGUCUUUGAAUUCAAGGGAGCAUCAUGGGGUUAUUGUUCAAGCUUUUAGUGAGAUUUGGGAGACUUUGUUUUGUAGAAGAACUAUUUCUUAUAGGGUUUCAGCUGUUUAAUUUCUUGUUUUUUUUUUUUUUUUUGUUAGAGCUCUUUAAGAGUAACGGUAAAUUAAGGGUAAUAAAAAUAAAAAUUAGUACUAUAAUCAGAAAGAUUGCUCGUGUUAAUCUACCGUGACACUGGAUUAUCC